UUCAGUGAUUUCUUUUUCUUUAUUGAUAGACCAAUCAAAUGAGUCAAAGUUUAUUUUUUUUUUAAUUUUCCCUUUGCUUAUAUUUUUGCUUCACAGAGAAUUUCACUAAUAUUUUGGUGCCUGUAGACAAUUGUUAAUAUCUUAAGUGUAUACAGAACAUAUAGUUCAUUUAACUAUAAAAUCAGCCCAAAGUGUUUUUUCCCCUUUUGUGAAAUUGAUUACACAGUUUAAAAAUAAAUUCAGUUCUUCUGGUCCUGUUUCUUUUCUUAAGUGGGAAAUCUCAAAGUUUUUUUCCAUUUGCCAAACAACUUUGGUGGGUAAAAUAAUAACCAAAAUUAUAAAAUAACUCGGUGUCUUUUGGAUUUCGAUUCGGACUUGGUUGCUUUCCGUAAUUUGUGUAAAUAUUGUAUAUAAUUAUGUGUAAGAGUUGCAGGAAGUGGCUGCCAUUUAUUUUCUGGGUGGGAAUUGUUUUGUCUCUGUGGUCAGUUAAGCGGUCAGGGUAGCGAUUGUCUUUUGGUUUCGAUUUAUUCUUAGCGGGGAUUUACUUAAUUUGCUCACUUAUUUUUAAAAAAAUAUUUUGGCCAGUUCCGUCCCUGAAGUUCACGCUGGUGUUUUGUAUCUCCAAAUGAUCAAAAUACAGUGGUACCUUGGAACACGAACUUAAUUCGUUCCAGAAAGCUCGUCGAGUUGCGUUUUGGUCGAAGUCCAAGUCAAAUUUUCACAUAUAGAAAUAAUGCACAUGAAUUUAAUCCAUUCCAGAGCCCCAAGUGAUUGCCUAUUUAAACCAAUCUACCUACCUAACCAAUAAUAAAAAGCAUUAACGAUCAACAUAAAACUAAUACACACAUGAAAAAGCACUAAUGGCACACUGGAAAUGGCGGGUGGAGAGGAGAGGGGUGGAGGGGUUAUUGUUUGGAAGGGGAGAGGCGUCUCGGUCCGUACAAGUUUUAGCAGCUCUGUUUUGUUUUGUCGUGUUCCGAGUUUUUGGUCGAGUUGCGGCUAGAUUUCUCGACCGACCUGUUCAUGAACGUGUCUCAACCCACAUAAGUCUUAGCUGGAAUGGUCUAGUUCCAAGUUUUCAGUAGAGGUACAAGUAAAAAAAUAUUUGAAAGACCCGUUCGACCUCCGAGUUUGUCAAGUUAAGAGGCGUUCGAGUUCCAAGGUUCUACUGUAGCCUAUAUGUAAAAUACAACUCCAUCUUUGCUGUCAUUGUUCGUCGCGUCCCCAUUACCCCAUCUCCCUUCCCGUUACCAAUUACAUUAACAUUUGAUUAUAUAACGGGAGUGUUCCAUGGGUGCGGCUAAGCAGACUGACUUUUUGGAAUCGAAAGCUCUUUGUUACUAGCAUACUGAACCGAGCUAUCAGAGGAUAAAAGCGGAGUUUCCUCCUUUUCCAUUAACGUCAACUCAGUGGUUUUUCUUUGUAUGCUGAGUCCCGACUGAAAGUUCCGAAAGGACAGUUUUCUGUGUCCUGUUUCUGGGUAGUGAAUAACGCCGACGUUGGAUUGACUACCGGAAAGUUAUACAGUUCUCCUUGAAGUUAGAUAAUCUUCAUCCGUAUACAGUAAGAGCGCGGAUUGUUUUCUUGGAAAUUGGUUAAAUCGGGCUAAAGAAGGGUCUUGGGGACGCUACCCUAACAGCGGUGAGAGGAGUGCUUUACCUGCCAUCCGGUGACAUCCUCCAGAUCCCUUUCCCAACGAGGCAGAUGAUCACAGAAAUUAAAAUGAAAUCAAGGUCACUUGGCAACACCCAGCUGCUGAGGAUUUAGGUCAGACUCCCUCGGGUUCGAGGAGGAUCCAAGGCGACUCCAGACACAGACAAGCACAGACCAUGGGCACCCUACAGGAAAUGAAGAAGAUGCAGUUGUUGGUGGACAAUUACAUUUCAGAGACCCUAAGUUACAUUCCAACAGUCCAGGGCUUCCUUCACAAGGAAUCUGAGUGGUUCUGUAAAAGGGAGAAAGAGAUGAAUAAGAUGAAGGACAUCAGAAAGAAGGCAAACAACAUGACAAUAAAGUUGAGCAUCAGAAUGAAGAAGCUGGAGAAGGAGCUGAGUGCUGUGGUGAAGGACGUGAUCAGUGGGCUGAAGGAGCUGCAGCCAUUCCUGGAAGCCCUGGAGAAGCUGGCGGUCACAUCAACAUUCGUCUUUGAUGAAAGACUGUGUUGGCUCCCUGCAGGAAACACAGUGACUGAUGUAAUUUCAUUCAUCCAUGCUGCCAGGAUGUCCUGUGGCCUCCUGGUUUACUUCAGGAAGGAUACUGAAAAAUUUUUCCAGCCCAGUCUUGAUAAUGUGGAAAUUUUGGUUUCUGAGCUACAAGAAAUUAUAUGUUUUUCCCAGGACAUCUGUAAGAUAAUGGAGAAAAGGUGCAAAAAUAAAGUAUUCCCGAGAUGGAAUUCUGGGGAACAACAUACCUGCCUUCAGUUUUACCUUCACCUGAGCCCUGACGCUGUCAACAUGAUGAGUAACCAUGUCAAUAAUUUGAGCAAAAUCAGGGCUAAUGAGGACUUCAGACUGGCUUUCAUGUUCAGAGAUGAGGAAAAGUCUCUUAAGUUCAUUGCCGUCCUCAGUGAACAAAAAACCAAGAUCCUGGGAUCCUUGGCACAGAUGGAAGCGUGUGCAGUACAGCUGGACAAGAUGAAGAAGGGGGCAGAUAUCUCCGGUGUUGCUGGCAGCACUGUGGGGGUGGGUGGAGGGGUGGUCUCCAUAGUUGGGCUGGCCUUAGCCCCAGUGACACUGGGGGCAUCCACCAUACUCACUGUGAUUGGGGGGGUUCUGGGAGCUCUUAGUGGUGUAAACAGUGUAGCUACAGGCUUCACUCAAUUAAGAAUUAAUGCCCAUGAGAAAAAUAAGUUUAAAGAAAUUUGUAAUAGCUUUUUGGAGGAUUUGAAGCCUGUGUUGGAAUGUUUAGCCGAAGUGAUGAUCAUUAAAGAUCUAUCAGUGGAGAAUGACAUGGUAGAUCAUGGGACUGAUACAAAGAAAACAGCUAGGAAAUGGGAAGAUCACGCAAAAAAGGCUAGAAUAAUUGCUGCCGGUGUUAGCAGUCUUUAUAAGGUCAUUGACGUUGCUGUGGAUUGUUCCAAAGCAGCGAAAUUGGCAGAUGCAGCAUCUGAUCUUGCUGACAUUGGUACCAAAGUGGCCGGCAAAACCGUCUCCACAUCUUUAAGGGGCAUUUUCAUUGCUGGUGGUGCAGCAUUCAUUGGACUGGACCUCAUUUCCAUUACAAUGAAUAGCAUCAGCCUGUCUAAUGGGAGCAAGAGUGAUGUUUCCAAAGCCAUCAGAGGGCACGUAGAUUUUUGGAAGAUCCAUUUGGAUGCAUGGGAGCAGAUCUGUGACUCCCUGCAUAGAGGCAAACAGGAUUUCCAGGAGAGUAAGACCAUUCUGGGGAAGCCAUUUUACCCAGAGCUGUAGACCAGUGAGAAAGUGCAGUUCAACUGGAGGUUUGUAACUGCUGUAGCAUCAACUGCUGUUUGAAAAUGGUUUCCAUCUGAGCAGUCGGUUAUAAAUUAUCUGUUAUAAAUCUAGUCAUAGUUAUAACUGUCUACAUUUAUUUGUUUAGGGUUAGGAAAGUUUAGAGGUUUGAAACUCCAUCUAUGUAGCCUCAUUGUUCUAUUAUUCAAUGAAUUUCCUGAGAAUUGGUACAUGACUAUAGAAGCAGCUGGACGUCUUUGCAGUGAGAAAUUGGAGAAAAACCAAGGUAGUAAUUAUCCUCAUUAACAACUCAUUUAUUUUUUAGGUUUCUGUCUUUCUUGUCCCAUAUAUGUCCAACUUCCUCUGCUUUCUGAACAAUCUCUCGUUAAGCUUUCACUCCGCAGAAGCUGGGAAACAGCUUCUCCUGCCCAGUUAAAGUUCCCAAUGCUUCCAGAGCUACACACAGUGAAGUUCUGCUUUU